AUGCCUUCUGGAUCUUCAAAUACCAAUCAAAACCUAUUUCAUUUGCGGCGGAUUCCUCCUAAUAAAUGUCGUUCGGAUCCGUCGCGAGGAGUUGAAGCAACUUUAAUACUACUCGAUGGGUUCACAAAGUUUGGAAGGAAUCCAGAGAAGUGCGAUGUCGUGCUCACUUCAUCUGUAUUCAGCUCUUCAAAUAUGAUUUCGCGAGAUCAUGCCGACAUUAUUGGUGUGAAAGGAGCUAGUGGCCGCAUCGAAAAGUAUCAUAUCAACGACCGUUCGCUCAAUGGCACGUACAUCAAUGAUCAAAGGGUGAACAGUACAAUGCAGAUCAUGGAAGGUGACGUGAUCAAGUUUGGUCAUAUGAAUGGUGCUGCAGUAAGACCGGGACAAACUGCUCCUCAGGCUAACGCCGAGUUCGCAUUCAUGGUAGAACGAGCGAAUCCUAGCUACGACUACAUUGGUUUUGUAGACGGCCGCCGCGUGCGACCUGUCACGUGUUCCGGUGACACUGAGUACUGCACGGAAAUAGAGGGACGGACCAUUGAUCAUGGUGAAGUAGCUCGUCCUACAGUAAUGCAGUCAGCAAAACCUCACACUCAGAAUACGUCACAACAUCUGAACACUCCAUGUUCCACCGCAAGCGUUUCUUCUGCGGCCGGAACGAACCCUAUGGCCGGCCUUGUAUGGCCUGGUGCGCUCGGAUACAAUCAAUCUCUUCCCGGGUUCCCCUACAGUGGAUUCCCCGUGAAUCCUGCAUAUCUUCAACACCCACAGUGGGCACAGCAACUUCAGAUGUUGUCUCAGCAGGCCGUUCACUCUCAACAGCAGUCUGGAUUCCGUGUUCCUGACGUAUUCGGAGCAACAGCGUGCAUGAGUUCCCCGAAUGGUCCACCAUCUACUUCAGCUUCCCUGUUUCCACUCACACAGAGAGGUUUCGCGCUACAGAACAACGCCUUAGUGAAUUCUUUACUGACGCCUGCUCCACCUGCAGCCAAUCAGCAACAAAACCAACAACAAAUUCACCAACAGCAACAGCUACCGCAGCAACAAGAGCAGCAACACCAUGUGGUACAAGAUGAGAAAACUUCCGCGAAUGUAAGUAUCCCUGGAAAGGACUCUCGGUUGUCGUCUGGCUGUUUGGAGCCGGUUUCUGCGACGACAUCGGCAACAACACAUGUUUCUGAUGCGGCUACAAUAGCAAAGUUGCCAGUAGCAUCGCCACCGAUGGAAUGUGACAGUUCAGUACCUAGCCCACCAAAGACAUCCGUUACUGUCUCUUCUAAUGCAUCGUGUGCGCCACACAUCACCCGUCAUGCAUCUCCGCCAAGAAAAGAAGAGGAUGUGCGAUCAGAACGCAGCUUUGUGGACUCCCCACAACCACAUCGAACACCAGCCCCGGCGCCAUGGGACAGCACACCUUCUCCCAGGCCAAGAGAUUACUCUCCUGAUAGGGAGAGUACGGCAACGCGUGAUACCGAAAAGGAUCGUGACUACGAAAAGGAGAAGGAUCAACGCGACGCUGACAAGGAGAAAGAAGAGAAGGAGACAGUUAAAAAGAAAUCUGCGAAAGAAGCACGUGGAACAGUUACGAGCCAGCCGCGUCCUAGAACAAAAGCGAACGAGAUUGCACGCCUUCUGGAUGAUUUGUGCGAGGGCUCUUGGGCUAACACUGUACGACGUGUUUCAUCCACUUCACGCAGGCCAACUGAUGAAGCAAUUAUUGAGCGGAACAGUAAAAGAGAGAAAAAAAAGAGUGAAAAAAGACGGAAAAAGGAACGAUCUCGUGACCAAAGAGCAUCGUUCGCCUCUUCAUCAUCCGUUUCGUCAUUGGUUACGCCUGCGUCUUCAAAAGCUGGCAGGAGGAGACUAAAACAGAAAACCGUUUCCGAGAAGAAGAAGGCCGAUUCAAAGAAGAAACCCGUAGGGAAGUCGACGUCGGAUAUUUCAUCUAAUCGCUCCACUGACUCUGAUUACGAUUCUGAUGAACGAGCUGCCACGAAAAGAGGGCAAAAGCGACGCUAUUUGUCGAACGAAAAAUCUAUUGAUAAGAAGAAGAAUUCAUCAAACCUCUCAGUUGCUGCUAAAAAGAAAGUAAAGGGUGUGUGUAGAAAACGGCAAGAUACAAACACUGAAGAAGAUGAGUCGGUAACACAGCACGACCCUCAAACUACCUGUGCUCUGAAUGGCGAGUGUACGAAACCUCAAAGCGAACAAGUCGGAUGGAUUUUCUGCGAUGACUGUCAGAACUGGUUUCACAAUAUUUGCAUCCUUGGACGUGAAGAUGCCCCUGAUGACGAAUUUUUUUACUGUGGAUGCAAAGCAAAAAAGAAAACGAAGAAACGUUGA